AUGUGUGAAGGCCCUUCCCGCAUCUCGGGGCCCAUUCCCCCGGAUCCUACCCUCUGCCCCGACUACUACCGACGGCCGGCGUCGGCUCUAGGGCGCCUGGAGGGAAAUGCGAGCCAGCUGGACCUGCUGACCUCCGACCCAGACCUGGGCGCUGCCCCACCCCGUCGUCCGCGCAUCGGGCCUGGAGGCCGAGAGAUCCUGGAACGUGGCCGGCGCGGCGUGGGCACUGUGCUGCUGCAAUUUGGGGGCAUUUCCUUAACCCCGAGGGCCUCACCAAAGAGGAAGGACCCUAAAGACCAUGAGAAGGAGAACCUGAGACGGAUCAAGGAGAUACAGAGGCGCUUCCGGGAGCAGGAGCGCAGCCGGGAGCAGGGCCAGCCCAGGCCUCUGAAGGCUUUGUGGCGAUCACCCAAGUAUGACAAGGUGGAGUCCCGGGUCAAGGCCCAACUGCAGGAGCCUGGCCCUGUGUCUGCGACAGAGCCUGCCCACUUCCUGAGGGCACACUCCCGCUGUGGCCCUGGGCUCCCACCACCCCGUGCCCCCAGUCCCCAGCUCACCCCACCAGAUCCCAGUGCUAAGGGUCCAGGCCUGGGAGUGGACUUCAUAAGUCACAAUGCCCGCACUGCCAAGAGGGCUCCCCGGCGGCAUUCUCGCUCGAUGCAGGUCCUGGCACAGGUGUUGGAGCAGCAGCGGCAAGCCCAGGAACACUACAAUGCCACGCAGAAAGGCCACGUGCCUAAUUACUUGUUAGAGCGCAAGGAUUUGUGGCGGCGGGAGGCCGAGGCCCGCCAGCUCAGCCAGCCAGACCCUGCCUUGCCCCCUGGCCACACUCGGAUGCCCGAGAACCAGCGGCUGGAGACACUGAGUUCUCUGCUCCAGAGCCAGAACCAGCUUCUUCGUGAACUGGUGUUGCUGCCUGCUGGGGCCGACUCACUGAGGGCUCUUGGCCAUCGUGCUGAGCUGGACCGGAAGCUGGUGCAAGUAGAGGAAGCCAUCAAGAUCUUUUCCCGCCCCAAGGUCUUUGUGAAGAUGGACACCUGA